UCUAUAGAUCUACUUUAGGUCUUUAGAACUUGAAACUUUUUUCUUUUCCACCUUUUCUUUCCUUCAGGAACACCCUAUUGAAUUGUCAUAAUGCCUCUCCCAGCAACUGAUGAUUAUUCAGCCGUCCAGGCUUACUUCACAGCCAAGGAAUGGGCAGAGACCAGUGACUAUGAGAAACUUCGUCUCAAGAACAUCAAAGAAAACUAUGAGAUGAUGAUCGAAGUUGGACUACAGGUCAGUCCCCCAGCUUUCAUGCAACCUCGUCGCGGAAGAAAGAAACAGAUCGUAGAGGAGAGUGAUAGCGGGGAUGAGGAGUGGAAGCCAAAGAGGGCCAAGAAAAAGUCAAGAGGAUCUUUCCAGGCACCAUUUAAGGUUCAACAGAAAGCUCCCAAGCCAGUUCAUGCAAAGAAGCAACAAUCAUCGGAAGAGAGUUCUAAACCACACACUGUAACAUCAGGUACUGUGUAUGAUGAUGACGGCAAUCCACUAGAUGAUGCUCAUCAUAUAGGGGGAGAGCGAAUCAUUGACCUCCUUGAAUGGAAGGACUUUGACGAAUCCACCCAAGCACAGACAGAUACCACAUCAUCAGGUGAUCAGGGGAAACAGUCAGGUGAUCCGAACACUCAGUCAGGUGAUCCCAACACUCAGUCGGGUGACCAGAAGACUGAGCAAACCCUGACAGGAGUAGCUUCAUCAGGAGGCGACCAGUCUCCCAAGCAAUCCCAAUCGUUUUGUAUGAAAGUUGGUGGAUGUGUUGGUGGAAAGGCAAAGUCUCUCUCGGUCAGGAGAAAGGAAAAACCCCAACCAUCCCCAAGACAAUCUAGAUACCCGAGGAGAGCAGUGAGCCGGAAGUCCUACAAAGAAGAUGAUGUUCCUGACGAUGAUCACUACAUCUAUUGUGAGGACUGUCAUGAGGUCUUUGAAGGUGAGUGCUCCAAGCACCCCCUUACCAUCAUCAAGGACAACCCUGUCCCUAAAGGCUCGAAAGACAGAGCAAGUAAGACUCUACCAGAUGGUCUAGUGGUCAAGCAGUCAUCAAUACCAGGGGCUGGUCAGGGGAUCUUUGCUACCAAGUUUAUCCCUAAAGGAUACCGGUUUGGUCCGUAUGAUGGAGACAUUGUGGACUUAGAGACUGGAUAUGACAGUGGAUAUGCAUGGGAGAUCUGUACAGAAGGCAAACCUCACCACUAUAUGUUGACAGUAACAGUGAGCAGACAGGCAACUGGAUGCGAUACAUCAACUGUGCACGCAAUGAAGGUGAACAAAACCUUGUAGCAUUCCAGUAUCUCGGUGAGAUAUACUACCGUACCUUCAAACCAAUCUGUCCAGGAAGGGAGCUACU